AACUCAAACAAGAUAGAGGAAAGCAAAAAAGAAAAGAAAAGAAAAGAAUAAAUUGUAGGAGUAGUAAGAAUUUUUAGUAUUGAAAGAGGGGUUUUGGGUUUUAGGUCAUUUGAAUCUCCAUAAAUUAACCGUAAAAACUCUAAUUUUGAGCUGAAGAAAUUGAUCGGAAGAACAAUGGUGUUCGGUCAAGUGGUUAUCGGACCACCGGGCUCCGGCAAGACCACCUACUGCAACGGCAUGUCUCAAUUCCUCCAGCUCGUCGGCCGGAAGGUUGCGGUGAUCAACUUGGAUCCAGCUAAUGAUUCUUUGCCAUAUGACUGUGCUAUUAAUAUCGAGGAUUUGAUUAAGCUCGAAGAUGUCAUGGCGGAGCAUUCCCUUGGCCCUAAUGGAGGUCUUGUUUACUGCAUGGAUUUUUUGGAGAAGAACAUUGAUUGGUUAGAAGCCAAACUAAAACCCCUUCUCAAAGAUCACUAUCUUCUCUUUGAUUUCCCUGGCCAGGUGGAACUCUUUUUUCUUCAUGAAAAUGCCAAAAAAGUCAUCAUGAGACUUGUCAAGAAGUUAGAUCUCAGGUUGACUGCUGUUCACUUGAUUGAUGCUCAUCUUUGUAGCGAUCCAGGGAAGUAUAUUAGCGCACUGCUGCUUUCACUGUCAACCAUGCUUCACAUGGAGCUCCCCCAUGUUAAUGUUUUGUCAAAGAUCGAUCUUAUUGAAAGCUAUGGCAAGUUAGCUUUCAACCUUGACUUCUACACUGAUGCACAUGAUUUAUCAUAUCUACAGCAUCAUCUUGACCAAGAUCCUCGAUCUGCUAAGUAUAGAAAGCUAACAAAGGAGCUCUGUGAAGUUAUAGAAAAUUUCGGUCUUGUUGACUUCACUACUCUGGACAUUCAGGAUAAGGUGAGUGUUGGGAAUCUAGUUAAACUGAUUGACAAGACCAACGGGUACAUAUUUGCUGGGAUUGAUUCAAGUGCAGUUGAAUUUAGCAAAAUUGCAGUUAGUCCAGUUGAUUGGGAUUAUUACAGAGUGGCAGCUGUCCAGGAGAAGUACAUAAAGGACGACGAAGUAUUUGAUGACGAGAUCAUCACUUCACCACCACCAUCAUCUAUUGCUGAACGUGAUCUUCAAAAGGAUGAACGUUGAUGAUAAUGCUCGUGCGCUUUAAAACUGUAAGUUUCCUUUGCAGUUGCGCCAUAGUUAUCGACUACAGCUUGAACAUAAUGUAGUAAGGAGGCAACAAUAUUGUACUAUAUGCGAAGAACAUGAAUUUUGUCUUGUUACUUUAGCUGGAUGAUCGAGUUCAAGAUCAUGUCUACUGAAUUGAAUUUCCUAGUUCUUUUUUUUUUGAAAAAAAAGAUGUUUGAUUAAA